UAGUCCCGGUGUCUAUGAGUACCUCAUCAACGUCACAAUCGGUACACCUCCUCAAAAUAUCACACUUAUCAUCGACACCGGUUCGUCCGAUCUCUGGGUCAACACCAACGCGAGCUGUUCAGCCUUCGACGACAGCGCCGAUGCUGCUCUCUGCAAUCAACUCGGUGUUUACGAUCCGACGAACUCGUCCACCUUUGUGAAUUACACCGCUACGGAUGAGUCGUUCAUCCUCAAUGUUACGUAUUUGACUGGUUACGUUCUCGGGAGUCAAGGAAGCGAGACGGUUGGCUUGGGAUCACCGGAGGUGCGAAUCAGUAAUAUGACGUUUGGGCUUGCGGAAGAAAGUCCGGUUGGGGUUGGGAUUAUGGGUAUCGGGUUCGAACUCAAUGAAGCCGAGGAGAUCAUGUUUCCGACGAUCGUUGACCAGCUAUACAACCAGGGAUUCAUUGACUCUCACCUCUUCGGGCUCUACUUGGACGACGUCGAUGCUGCGACCGGUAAUAUCGUGUUUGGAGGGUAUGACGAAGACAAAAUCGUCAAUGAUUCACUGAUUUUCUUGCCUAUUGUUCCUAUCCAGCUCCCUGGGAAUACUACGGGCUUUUAUUUGGAGUAUCUGGUGGAGCUCGACGGGAUCAAUAUCACGACUGGGACCGGAAAUUCUACAGCGUUCCAGAAUACGACAGCUUUCGCCGUACUUGACAGUGGUACCACAGCGCUGGAACUUCCCAACGAUGCAUUGAGUUAUCUCGUGAAUGUAACCUCAGCUACAUUCGACGAAACAUUUGGCGCUUACCUCGUCGAUUGCGACGCGUAUCCUGCCGACACGUCCGAGUACAUCUCCUUCACCUUUCACGACCAAAGGAAUGGGACUACAAAGAGUCUCAACGUAUCAUUCUACGAACUCGUCGUCCCACUCGACCAGUCAACCUGCGCUUUGGCGGUCGAACCUGCGGAAACCGACAACUUCCUCAUCCUUGGUGGGCCGUUCUUGAGGUCGACGUAUGUUAUCUUUGAUUUGGAUGAGGAGAUGAUUGUCAUGGGACAAACACUUUUCAAUACCACUGCUUCGAACAUCGCGGAGGUGCCGGCGAAUUCCACGGAGGGACCUUUCAAUGUGAGUAGUAUUGCGCCGACGAUCACGUUCAGUUAUACUGGAUUACCUACCACGACCAACAUUGGUAUUGGCAAUGACGGCACUGCAACUUCGACUUAGGCUUGAUCCUAUGACGAAAGAUUCCUGUGCGUGGCUCGCCGAUGGCGUAUUGUGGGAUUGAAACACGGAGGAGGUGGAAGGACGCGAGAUACUUCAGGCGGGAGGAUUAAGGAAAAAAACGCUGGUAGCUGCAAGA